AUGGCCGAAGCCGACGAAACACCACCAUCACCAAGCACCUUCGUCCCGCCCUCGGUCCACCGCGAAGCCCUCCUCGCCGGCUCAUCAUUCACGCACUUCUCGCCCGUCCCCCCGGCCCUCCUCACGCCCGCACGCGCGUCCGACCCGUCGUCCCUCCCCCCGCUCUGCCUGGGCGUCGACGAGGCCGGCCGCGGGCCCGUCCUCGGCCCCAUGGUCUACGGCAUCUUCUCCCUGCCGCAGCCGCAGUCGGACCCCCUCCUCCGCGACGCCCACGGCUUCGACGACUCCAAGGCGCUCACGGCCGCCGCGCGCUCGUCGCUCAUGCGCGCCCUCUGCACCGCCGGCACCGACCUCCACGCCCAGUGCGGCUGGGCCACCGCCGCCCUCUCCGCGCGCGACAUCUCGGCCGGCAUGCUCCGCCCCUCGGGCGCGUACAACCUCAACGCGCAGGCCAUGGACGCCACCGUCGCGCUGGUCCGGGGCGCCCUCGAGCGCGGCCUCAACGUCCGCGAGGUCUACGUCGACACCGUCGGCCCGCCGGCCACCUACCAGGCCAGGCUGCAGCGCGUGUUCCCCACGGUCAAGAUCACCGUCGCGAAAAAGGCCGACAGCCUGUACCCCUGCGUGAGCGCGGCGUCGGUCUGCGCCAAGGUGACGCGCGACGCGGCCCUCGAGGUCUUGUACGAGGCGCGGCGGGACGAAAACGGCGCCGGGCCAGGCAUGGAAUGGGGCUCCGGGUAUCCCUCGGACGCGAGGUGCGUCGGCUGGCUGCGGAGGAAUAUGCACCCCGUGUUUGGCUGGGGCCCCGAGUGCAGGUUCAGCUGGGGCACGGCAAAGGACAUGCUCGAGACAAAGGGCGGCGUCAGGGUCGACUGGCCCGUGGAGGAGGAGGCCGGGGAUUCCAUGAGGGUGACGGAUUUCUUUGCUGCCGGCCGCGACGACGAGACGGACGAGCUGGGGGGCUGGUACGGCUCGCCUGCUGGGCUCGAGGCGUUUUGA